UCCUACGCGAAGAGCGGCGUUUAGCGUUUUCGAGUGUUUAGUGUGUCUCUCGGCUCGAACCCUUUCUACUGUAUUCGAUAUACCAGUGACAGUGACAGUGCUGUGAAGAGCUUUGCAAUUCCAACUGAACAGGAAGAAACGUCUCGGAUCCUUUUUACACUGUACGGAUGAGUAGGCUUUGCGGGGUUUUUUUUGGAAGUGAAAAGGAAAUUACAGUUGAAGCAAAAGCCUGUUGCAUGGCUUGCUUGGGGAAAUAAAUUAAGGAAACGUCAGUGAUGGUCUUGUGAAGCGUCUAAUUGAAGUUAACUCAGAUUUCUGAUAAAAUUCUCAGAACAACAGUGAAUGAAACGGAAAAAGUAAGAAUCUCAAAACAAGUGCUCGUCUCGGAAACAAAGUAAAUCAGCUUAAGCUUAUUGUGUGUGGCUGAACCGAUAUCAACAAAAAGCAACUGAAAAAUGCUUCAAGUGUAAACACACAACAAGAAAAAUCGAGAUCGACAAAAAGUCAGCAGCAGCAACGGAAAGUGUCAAAUCGUGUGCUGGAUCAGCAAAUUCAGCAGAGUCAACGGCAGUUAUUGCACGUGUGUGUUGUUUUGUGCUGUGAUGUGAUGUGAUGGGAUUGAAAUCGGUUUGGUGGAUGUGUGAAUUUUAACUCGAUCAUCAUUAUCGAGAGAAAUAAACAAAUCAAACAAACAAAUAACAAACGCCUUACCAGUCAGCUAAGAAUGAUUGUCUCAGUCGACGAUUGUUUUUCGAGAGGCAGUUGGUGUGUGAUCUUGCGAUAGUCAGGAGAAGAAGCUGUUUUUUUUUAUCAAAACAUGUGAUUAAUUGGUUCCCUUCCGAUCUUUGUGAAGAAUAAUGGUCAACUUACGGACUGCUGGUGGAAACAAAAUGUAUCUACUAAACUCCCGAAAUCAGCAGCAGCAGCAGCAUAGGAGCAGAAAUCGAAGGCACUGCAGCCGAAGUUUUCGAUGAAGAUGCCUUCCUCGAAUUGAACGGUAGCAGCAGAUUGAAAAGUGAAAACGGAAAGUGAUGUUGAUGGAAAAAGAGUAGUGAAACAUCAAUCGAUGAGUGAGAUAAGUGAUUAAGGGAAUUUCUCAUGAAAUUGAGAAAAAGUGGUUUUGGUAAGAAAGUUCCGUUCUAGGAAUAUCUGUGUUUCUGUGUCAGGGUGAUGGGCAAUUGGGGAAAGAAGACCGCAUCAACUUAGAAGAAAGAAGUGCAAAGAAAACUGGGGUGGCAUAAGCGAUGAGCCGAAUGAAGAAGCAGAAGCAGUCGCAGCAGGUGGUAAUUGGGGACUAAACCAGGAAGAACUUUGUGGGACACGCGCUCUCCAGUAGCACGUGCCAUCCACAAACGACCACAAACGGAAGUCUGUAUGGAUGCGGGAGGUCUCCCAGUAUUUCCGGGUGCUAAUCAGGCCAAUCACCUGAACAACAUUCACCUGCAGCAGCAACAGCAACAACAGCACCAUCUGCAACAGCAGCAUCAGCAGCAACAGAAUCAACAGCUCAGUCUGCAGCAGCAGCAGCAAAUGCAGCUGAUCAACAAUCAGCAUCAGCUACAGCAACAACAGCUUCAUCUAGCUCAACAACAACAACAACAGCAGCAUCAGCAGCUGAAUCAAUCGCAGCAACCCGGAGGAGAACUUAUCCCCCCGAAACGCCAGGCCGUCUUUGAUCGGUUGAAGAGAAGAAUAGAAACGUACAGGCGAAGACAGACCGAUUGCACCCCCCGAUUCGAGCAAACCUUUAGUGGAGUGUGUGAACAACAGGCGAACGAAACGAGUGCGCUACAGAAAAAGUUCCUGGAGUCGAAGAACAAACGUGCGCUCAAGAAAGCGGAGAAGAAACAGGAACCAUCCCAACAGCAGCAGCAGCAAAGCGGACAAACGACGAUUGCCGGCAAUCUUCAGAGCAGUGUUCAUGUGCAACAGAAAUUCCUGAAAAGACCAGCAGACGACGUCGAUCCCGCGUCCGGUUCCGAUUCUGGUGCCUUCGAUCCGCCGCCGGUCAAACUUCAGCACCAUCAGAACAGCAGCAGCAGCAACGGUUCGGAGAACCUGACCAAAUUCUCGGUGGAGAUCGUGCAGCAACUCGAGUUCACGACGUCGGCGGCCAACUCGCAGCCGCAACAGAUCAGCACCAACGUGACGGUAAAAGCCCUGACCAAUGCCUCGGUCAAGAGUCAACCGGCCGAUGGCCCCGGACAGCAGCAGCAACAGCAGAAUCCCGGAGGUGGAGGAAGUUCCGGCGGAAAUGGCCCCACGCCAUCCCCACACCUGCACGACCUUGGCCACAUUGUGGACUUCAAGCAGGAGCCGGAGAACGAGUUUGCUGAUCUGUCCGCUGCCCUCGAGAAGGACGCCGCAGCCAACGGCCACUUCCCGGGGCUGUCCGAUCUCAUCGGAGACGAUACCAACGACGAUAGCGAUACCUUCAAAGAUCUCAUCUCGGAUCUCUCGGACUUCCACUCGGACUUCCUGGACUUUGAGGAGAAACCGCAGAUUCACCAGCAACAGCAACAACAACACCCGCAACAGCAGCAGCAGCUUAACCCUAACCAGCAGCAGCAAAUGCUAUUGGCCCAGCAGCAGCAGCAGAUCGAGGUGAAGCAAGAAACCUGCAUCAAACAGGAACAUCCCGGUCCGAUGCUCGAUAACAUGGGCAUCAAGCGGGGAAGUCCUGCUCAACCUGGCGGUGGUCCUCAGCAACAGCAACCAUUCCCGGGCGCUUUUAACGACAAUUCGCUGAAGCGUGGCCCGUACGGUCCCGGUCCAGUUCAGAACGGUCCCGGCGGAAUGUCCGAACUGUCGCCAGCCGCACAAACCCUCAAGCACAUGGCCGAACAACAUCAGCACAAAAACGCCAUGGGUAUGGGCUUCCCACCGCGAGGGGGUCCACCGGGAGGACCUAACCGGCCACCAUACGCUAAUGAGUUCAACCCGCAACAACAACAGCAACAGCAAUUCCCCGGUCAGGACUUUAUGAACAACCCGGCCGCCCAUCAGUUCAACAAAGCGAACGUUCCUCCCUUCCCGGGGGCGGAUCUCAUCAAGCAGGAACUCUACUCCCCGCAAAACUCCGUCGAUUUUGAUCUCAAAUCUCCACCCCAACAGCAACAAGCCCAGCAGCAGAUGAACCGGAUUCCACCGGGGAUGGUGCCGGGUGGGCAGAAGAUGGGACCCUUCGGCAAACCACCGAACCCCAACCAACAACCGAAUCAAUACUCACCGUACGGAUCGCCAGCCGGGGGCAGUCCGGCCGGGUACAUUCCACCUCGCGGUCCCGGCGGAAACAAUGGAGCAGGAGGUCCUCCUCCGGGAGCUGGUGCCGGAGGACCCAAUGGUCCCGGUGGACCAAACAACGCUGGCGGAGGCGGUGGUGUUCCUCCGCAGGGUCCUCGAGGUGGUCCGGGAACCGGGCCCGGUGGCAACGGGAAUGGUCCCAUGGGUGGUGCUGGCACAGGACCGAACACAACGAUGCUGCAGAUGAAGCAGACGCAGCAGUUACACAUCAGCCAGCAGGGACCCGGUGGCCACGGGAUUCAGGUCUCAGCGGGUCAACAUUUGCAUCUCAGUGGGGAUCUCAAGACCGGAGUAUCGGUGGCCGCUCAACAGGGUGUAUUCUUCAGCCAACAGCAGCAGCAGCAACAACAACAGCAACAAGGUCAAGCACCCAACCAGCAAUCUCAGCAAUCCUCGCAACAGCAACCCGGAAAUCCUCAACAAUCGCAGCAAGCUCCGAAUAGCGGUGGAGGAGGUCCACAACAGCAACCUAAUCAAAACAACCCGAAUGGAGUUGGACCUAAUAAUCCUAACGGUCCCGGGUCAGGGAAUCCUCAACAGCAACAGCAAGGACCCGGAGGACCUCAGCAGGGACCUCCCGGUCAGGGACCCGGAAGCAAUGGUGGCAACAUUCAAACCUCUCAAGGUUCCUCGAUGGAGUCCCAGUAUACGGUAUCGCAAUCUCAGACGAUCAACUUCACCCAGCAAGCAAUGCGGCAACGGCAACAGCAGCAGCAGCAGCAACAACAGGGUGGCCCUGGACCCGGUCCCGGUGGUCUCCCAGGAAACCAAGGCCCUGGACCAGGUGGUGGAGGACCCCAGCAACAGGGUCAACAACCUCAACAGCAACAAGGUCCCAGUGGUAAUCAGCAAGGUCCGGUGGGACAACCGGGACCCGGUCCAGGUGGAAUGCCUUCCGGGAUGGGUCCAAUGGUCCAGAACCCUAAUGCUCCCCUGGGAAUGGGAGGUCCUAUGGGUAUGGGCCCUGGUGGGUUGAGUGGACUGAACUCAAUGGUGUCCAAUUCCAUGGGUGGAGGUCAGAUGAUGCACGGAGGUGGAAUGGGACCUGGCGGCCCGAUGGGUAUGCGUUACAUGCAGCAGCAGCAGAUGAUCCGAGCGCAGGCUAUGCAGCAACAGAUGGCCGUCGGGGGUAGACCUCCUCCACCGGAUUACAAAGCUGCGGCCCAACAGCAGCAGGCACAACAGCAACAACAAGGUGGUCCCGGAGGUAAUCCGAAUGCGGCCAUGUUGGCGGCGCAGCAACAGCAAAUGUUACAUGCGGCGGCGGGUGGUGGCGGAAGGUUUCCAGCGAUGCGACGGAUAACGCAGCAACCGAUUCCACCCUCGGGACCGAUGAUGAGGGCUCAGCAUGCGGCCUAUAUGCAGCAGCAUGGAGGACAUGGGGGACCUCCGCGAGGUGGCAUGGGAGGCUUCGUUGGAGGAAUGGGACCGGGUGGGCCGGUUCAGAGGCCCCCGAACGUGCAGGUUGGUCCCGAAGGUAUGCCGAUGGGAUCGCAGCAGCAGGCCGAGUGGCGGCACAUGAUGAUGUCCCAGCAGCAGAGCAUGAGCUUUGGGGGCGCCGGCAAUGGUGGCAAUAUGAGAGCCGGCGGAGGAUUUGGACCCGGAGGAAACGCGUUAGGGAUGCCGAACGGUGGUCCCGGUGGCGUAGUCGGUGGACCUGGAGGUCCGGGAGUUGUGCCCGGUGGUCCAGGAGGUGCCAUGAAUCAGAUGCAACUGCAGCAGCAACAACAAGCGGCCAUGAUGCGGCAGCAGAGCAUGGGAAUGUAUCAAGGUGGAGGACAAGGUGGUGCCAUGGGUGGUGGAGGACCGGGUGGUCCCGGGCCGGGAAUGCAGCAGCAGCAACAGCAGAUGACCAUGAUGCAACAGCAGCAGACCAUGAUGAAUCAGAUGCAGAUGGGUCAAAUCCACAUGAGCCAAUCCCAGUCGAUGAGCAUUCAGCAGCAAAACCAACAACAGCAAUCUGUGAUGAAUUCGUUCGGAAAUCCGGGCAUGGGACCGGGACCUGGUGGCGGAGCCGGUGGCAAUCAAGGACCAGGAAGUGGAACCAACGGGGCCGGAAAUAACGGAAACAAUAACAAUGCGUCCGUUAUGCCGAACGCCGACUUUAGCUUAGAUUUCCUGGAAAACAUCCCGGUGGGAGAUCCGAGCCAGUUCAACGCCCAGGAUCUGCUCAGUUCGCUAGACAAUGAUAAUUUUAACAUUCAAGACAUUUUGUAAAUAGGCUCCCGAUUCGAGAGCAAUCUUGCAUUUAAAAAUCAGAAGAAAAUUCCAACAGUGAUCCCCCUUCCUAUUAUAAAGUCUUGAACCAAUUAUUCACAGCGUAAAGUACCGUUAUAUGCUAAAAAUUGAUGUACUAACUCCAAGCGUGCACCACUCAGGUCAGCUGACUGCACCGAUUGCACAUAUACAAUUUCAAGCAAUUCAAUCCUCUUCUUGUGCAACACUGAUUGAUAAUUUUAACGGUUUUGUGCUUGCGAGUAUUUGUGAUCCAAGCAGGCCUAAAAAUUUUUAGCAUCGUCUACUUCAACCUCAUUCAUCAUUCAUCAGUUUACAACGAACAUUCAACGGAGCAACACCGUCACUUCAACCAGCGCAGCAUAAACCAGUUAGGCACCGCCAUUGUGACACAAAAAUUUAGGUUUGACUUUUUUAUCAAUUUUACAUAUUUGAUUUUAUUUAUUGUAUGUUUUAUUACAGGUGGCUUAAAAUUUUCUUUUUCUCUGGCUUCCAAUGACGACUGCUAAGAUACUCCAGCCUUCCGAUCGCUGCGUAGUUUUACGCAGUUUCAUGGGUACCCCGGACGCUUCAAUAUCGUCUUUUUUUAGAAGAAGGGUUUUGCCGAGUACCUGAAGCUGGAAGGAAUAGGGCCAUCUACAUACGGAUGCAGUUCCUCGAAAAUAUAGUCCAUCGACCAAAUAAAGCAUUCAAAAUCAAAAAUGUAUCAAUAUGAGAAGUGUUUUGUAAAGUGAAUUUACUAUGGAAAGUGUUGUGAGUGAAUAAAAUAAAAGAAGAAACUGAGAAAAAUGUUUUUCAUUUAUUCAAAUUUGGAAAAUUUCCAUUCGAAGCUUUUUCGUACUGGCACGCAUACAUAUAAAUGCUCAAAUUUUCGUAUGCACGCACACAUGAGUAAAUAAUCAUCUCACAAAUACAACCAAACCAUGACAGAUGUCAACGAGAGCUGUCAUUCUGAACCGGGAAAACUGUUUCAAGUAGAAUCGGUUGGGCCAUUUAAUGCUUGAAUUCCAUGGGGCGGAUGCUUGAGGAAUGCUUGGAAUCCAAGCAUUCUUUCAAGCAUUCCAAGCAUUUAUUUUGUUAAGCGGGAUGUUUCGGUUGGAUGAAAUGGAAACGAACCUCGAAGGCUCGUUUCCAAUUUAAGAAUGUACCGGUUUGCCCAGUCAACUUGCAUACAAGCUACUCAAGCAGGCCGGUCUCGUUGCAUGCAAUUUGUUGCAGCACGGAAAGCGUGCUCGUCGUAAAAAAUCGUGACAAAGUAAAUAAGUAGUGUUAUUUAUUGAGAGAAAAUACUAAUAAGUAAAUCAAGUUAAGUAAAUCAAAACUCAUUAAGCUAAAAACAAAAAAUCCAUAACAACAAAAAUAGCAAAAGGCGGACGACGAUUAUUAUACUUAUAGAAAAUAUGUCUCGCCAUCUGUAAAUAGUUAAAAAGUAUUGUGUCCUUCGUUGAAAAAGGUCUCAUUGUAAAUAGUGAAACUCUAUUGUGCGUAUUAAGGUUAUUAAAAACUUUUACAAAAAAUUCAAAAAACAAACAAUCUACUCGUUAUCCUUAAUUUAAAGCAAAACAGAAAGAAUAAAAUAAAUUUAAAAAAAAGCACUGAAACAGUGUUUACUGAUUCUGAUUAAAAAAAAAGUUCUCAAAUGUUUUGAGACCAAAUAUUUCCUUCGCGAAGUACGUUAACUGAUAAUUUAUUGCAGCCAUAGGGUUAGGUUCUCAAAUUGAAAACACACAGCCAAUUCGAAAAACUACAACUGAUGAACAAUUUUUUUUAAAUAUAAUUCACAUCAAACAGAGAAGUUAGAAUUUUUCGCUGAAAAAAACCCCUGUAUUAUUCGACUAAUUUUCAAAAGUUUUAAGCAACAUGUUUCUUACAUUCCUUUUUUCAACAUUUAUUUUUUCCGAAAAAAAGUAUUGAUUUGUGAUUCGAUAAUUGAAUUCUUAUUCUGAUCUUUAGAGUUUUUUUUUAAAUUCAUUUUCAUCUUGAAGUUUAGAUUUUCAGAAAUUCAAUCACAGAAUGUAAAUAAUCAGUCAUAUACAAAAUUGAAUGAAAUAUUCAAAAGAAAUCGAUCAAACAACUUAUCUGAACAAGGUACUCAAUUAACUUAAAAAAUCAAACUACUAGCAAAAUAAAAGGAAAACUAUCUAUUGCAAUUUACCACUUUCAACCGACAGAGAAAGAAACAACAGGAAAAUAUUCUAACAGUAGCGAUGCUUACUCAAUUUCUUCAAACAUAAAAAACAGACAAACUGAAAUAUUUAUCAAAGGAAAAAAAAGAUCACGUAGAAAUUUCAUUAAAAACACAUCUAAACUUUGAUAGAAAAUAAAACUAAAGUGAAAUAGCACAUUGAAUAAAAAAAACCAUCAGUAUGACGAAACGAAUAUGUAAAGAUAUUUAUAUUGGUACUAAAGGGAAAAAUUUUGGAUCAAAAGUUGAACAAAUACCCAGAAGCUGAAAGCUGUAAUGAAUUUUAUGAAAACCGACAAACAACCUAUAAAUUAUUCAAAGUAGUGAAAGAGGAAAGAAACAUAAAUUCAAAGGAAGAAGGAAAAUUCAAACCCAAAACGAAACAGUAUACAACAAGAAAUGGCAUUAUUAUUGAAGGAUAAAUUAAAAUUAAAAAGAAAUUAACAAAAAAAAACUUUACUUUUAGACAAAUGAAAAGAAAAAACAAAGGAGUAAACUUAAAUUAUUAAGCUGAACAGUAGUAGAAUCAUAAUGCAAACAACUAUGUAUACAAUAAAAAAACAAAUCUGAAAAACGGAAAAAGUAAACAAAAGAUAUUUUCACUGAAAUUUGAAUGGGAUUAAAAAAAAGAAAGGAAAACGGUUCCGAAAAGUUGUGAGAAAGUUUAAGUUUCUACAACUCGUUUUGUACAGUUGAAUGGAGAGAAAAAGCAUUUUAUUCUGUGACAAUUUAAUUAAACAAGUAAAAUCAGAAAGGAAAAAAAAAUCCAUUGAAAUCGAAGAAUAUAUUUUUGAUAGAUUUGUUUAUAGUUUUUUUUUAUUUUAGGUUUUUUUUCGUCUUAGAAGAAAGAAUAAUUAAAUUUAUUUUAAGUUCCAGAAACAGCGUUUUCCAAAUCGAGUUGGAAAGUUUUUAUUUAAAACAAAACAAAAAAAAAGUACAGAUCGUCGAGUAAGAAGUUUUUUCUUCUUCUAACAUAUUAUCUGUGUAUAAAGUUAUAAUUUAAAAAAAAAAUCACAAAAAACGAAAAAUGGUGUAUAUAUUUGAAACGGUUAUUUUUGCUCUUAAUUUUAAAGGAGAAAAAAACAAACAAACCAAUUGUUUCGUUUCGUUUCGAUUAUUUUUGUUUCGAAAUCGAACACGCAACUUAACACUCAACAAGUUUACAUAAGAAAGAAAACCGUUAACACUUACCGGAGCCGGAGUCUAAGACGGAGAGCUAAGUUAUUGAAGAGAAUGGUAAAUAAACAAAUAAGUAAAAAAACAAAACAAUUAUCAAUAUACACAAGUGAAACAUUAUUAUUAUUAUGGAAUCAGAUCAAACAGUGGGAGGGAAUAUGGAAAAACAAAACAGUUCGGAAUGUGCAAGCGCAUCCCGCAUUUAUAUGGAGUAAAAAAAAUCAGACAAAAAAAAUCAAUAAAAUAGAUAAUUUAAUUUAAA